GGGAUGCGUGCCUGAAAGCCCUCCAUCAGACUCUUCGGAGGGAGGCCACGAUCAUGAAUGGCUGGGAGGAGUUCCUCAACCGCGACGCCCGAGGCACGGAGGUCUCCUGGAGCACCUACGUCAAGUGCCAGGCAUGCGAGGAGCGCCCCGCGGCGAGGGAGGCGGCUCUCAGGGCUGGCCGGAGGGCUGCAACGGCAGAGCCUGCCCGGGCACCCGCAAUCAGGGCCGCCCUCCAGCUGUGGGAGGAGCUCGUCUCGGAGCACCCCGGAGCUUUGGGGGGCGCGCCCGCCUUCCGCUGGGGACCCCGCUUCAAGGAAGUGUUCGCGGGAACCGCGGGGGUGACCCGCGCGGCGAAGCAGCUGGGCAUCCAAGCGGUUGAGCCUGUGGAGCUGUGCCGGAACCCCCUGCACCCCAAGGAGUCGGAGAGGAGGGAGGACCACGACCUCUCGAACUCCGACGUCGCCGAGGCCCUGGUCAAAGAAGCAGAUGCUCCCCCGGGCCCGGGAGUGGCCGACGUGUGGAUGUUCGAAAACCCGUGUACCUCCUUCUGCGACCACAACAUCAAAGGGGGCACCCGCACCUGGGAGAAGCCGGAGGGGACCGGUGUAGACGGCAAGGAGGUCUUGGGAAACGCCCUCUCCCAGACCACGGUAAGGUGCAUACGGAACCUUCAUAAAUGGAGGAAGGGAUGGAUCUUCGAGAACCAGGGGUGCUGGCUGGUCGUCUCCGCGAACCUGGCCCCCUUCUUCGCGAAGCUCCGGAGACCCUGCCCCGGUCUCUCCCCGAUGCACCAGCACGUGGAGCUCAGGGACCGGGCGCAGGAGCUGUGCACUCAUUGUGCGGACGACCCCAAGUACUCCCCCGAAGUUGUGAAGGAGGGGGCCCGACUCGGUGAUGGCCUAGUCCAGGCGGCGGGGGGCUGGAAGGAAGCAGUCGACUGCUACCGAGAGGCCUGGACGAGCCGGUGGGGGAACAACCUGGACGGGGUCUUCAAGGAUGAGCUAUGCGAGCUGCUCGACCCCGACCUCAGGGAUUACCUCCACCAGAUGGUGAAGGGCGGGGUUCCCGCCCGCCAGCCGCUGGCCCAGGAGAAGGUCAACAAGAUCCGGAUCCUGCUGAGUGACCCGGCCUACGACACGGGGAACACCCAGGUAGCCCUGAAGGAUGUCCAGUUGGGGGCGGUAGACCGGCUCCUCCGCGCUGCGGACCCGGCUGGGGUUUGGGUCAAGAUCAAGGAGAACAGCGAGGGGAGGGAGAAGGACGCGUGGGACGAGUGGCGGGAGGCGCUGGAAGUUUUCCGCCUAUACGCGGGAGCGCCCCAGGCCUGGACCACCCACUUUAAUACAGGCUUGAAGGGGGUCCUCCAACCCCAGGAGCGGCUCGCCCUCCCCGGCGGAAUGGAGGAGCUGGUCUGGACCGGAGGGGGCGCCACCGAGACCCGGGUGGGGGCCGCCGACUGGUCAAACGGGGUGUACGGGGUAAUGGAUGUCAAGGAGGUCAUGGAGCCGUUCCACGCGGCCAAACUGGAGUCCCAGCUGGCCGAGAUGCAGAAGAAGCUGGACCAGUUCAUCGGUGGAGGCGCCAAGUCUGCCCGAGCCCCUCCUCUUGGACAGGGACCUGGUCAGCAUGGUGGCGCACAGUCCAAUGGAGGAGGCGGUGGUGACGGACAGGAUCCACUACAGGCACGCGUACUCGAGCUCGAGUGUGCGAUCAAGGCCUGUGGCAAAGGUGACGACACAACCGAGGCACGGACGCUCCUGGAGAACAAGCUCAGGGCGGUGCGUGCGGAGAUCGAGAGCAAGAAGUCGAGCAUCACGCAGCGCACUAAUGUGGGGCAUCGAUUGGCUCGGGCUACGACGAAGUUGGAGAAGGUCACGACAGAGCUUGAGGAGCAUAACAAGUUGCUCGACGAGCUCAGUGCCAAGACGGACGAGAUCAAGGCGCGCAAGGUCGCAGCGGAGGCUGAGGUGGCUGAACUGCAACGGCAGCAUGUGCAGUCACUUCCUGGUCAAGCUGCUGACGGGGGUUACAGGCGGCCUGUUGAUCUGUCUCUCCCUCCUGAGGCCCUGGAAGGCAAAGGCGCGAUCAAGUCGAUGCUCGAGACGGCCGGGUUCAAGGAGUUCGUUAAGUUGUUCGCGGUGCAUCGUGCCGCUGCUGAUCCUGGCGCUGAUGCAUCUGAGUCCCACGCCAACGGUGCUGAGCAUGUGCCCACGCCACACGACGCGGAGAUGGAUGAUGCCUUCCAAGACGAAGCAGCUGCCGAAGCUUUCUGGGAGAAGCACCGCGGCGAUAAGCGAGCCUUCACCCAAGCCCUUGUGGGCGCCAAGCUCAAGAAGCCGAAGACCACGCCGCAGCUUUAG